UCUGCAAAAGGAGGCGUGGGCACCUUGCAAGGCUUGGCAGCUCGCCUCUAUGUGCAUGCUUCUCCUGCUGAGCACAAGGCCCACAGUGUGAAGUUCAUGGAGUUCUCGGAAGUGGAGAACCAGGAUGACUACUACAGCGCAGGAGCCGGCUGUGUCCACAUCCAGGACCGGCGAGGCGUGUACGUCAUGUAUGACGCAGCCUUGCAGGAUCUGCAGGAACGAGAAGCGGAAAUGCUGCUGGUGGCCAGUCAUUACGUUGAGAAAGAGAAAAGUCACCCAGAGGACAGCACCCCCGGGACUGGCGGAGACGGGAGAUGGGCCCAUGCAGGUGUGGACAGGUUUGCUGUGCUGUACGACAUGUGGACUUGGGAAGCAGCCCUUCUAGAUCACAAGCGCCAGCUUCUCGACAGUUACUUUGAAGCCUACCAGCACGUGUUGGACCCCGAGGAGAGGUUUGCCUUAGCUCAGGUGAUCACUGACAUCAUGCACCAGCGUCCACGGUUCGAUCCCAGCCAUCCUUAUUUCAUUAAGGCCUACAGAGAUGCUUGCACCUGCCUGAAGCUUCACCUGCAGCUGGUGAGGGGCAUCCUCAACCAGCAUAUGGAGCGUCAACGGGAUUAUGUCCAGCGGCUUUGGCGAGUAGCUCGCUCAGAGGAGGAGAGCAGCACGUUUGGACUCCCCCCGAACAUCAUUUGCCAACAACUUAUCUCCAUCAAUAACAGCAGCCCAGCACUGAAAAACAUUUAUCUGCUGGAGUUCCACCCUUCCCUGGGCCUGGCUGCGCACAUUCCCAAAGCCCUGGAGCAUCUCUUCCGGGAGUCCCGAAGCAUCUGCCGACCUGCCUCGGCCAGCGGGCUCGCCCAGCUGGAGAACCUCGUGUUUCGACUGGCCUUGGAUAUAUGGCUGGCCCCGGUCAAGCCCGAGUCCUGGUACAGUGCCCAGCUCCAGAAAGACCUGUUCUCAGCUAGAGUGAUGGGAGACCCCUUUCUCCUGGAGGAGCUCGGCCUGCUUGCGUUCAAGUCUGCCGCGGACGAAGGAGAGAAGCAAGGCCCAGAUGCGCAUGCGCUGCUCCUGGAGAACUUUUCCAAACUUCUGGAACUGUUGACCCUCCGCCACCGGCUGAUAGAAAUGAGCCUAGCGAGCGCACACUUAGCUCGGCUCUAUAAGGAAUUGGCAUGGGAGAUGGGUUUUGAAGAGUUCCACUUGUACCUGAGACCCGUUCAUUUUGAGUUUGCAUCACACAAGGAGAAGGUAGACCAUCCACCCCCGGUCUUUAUUACUUCUCUGCUGGAAGACAGUGACCGGGUAGACAGAUAUUCCCCUACUUCUCUUGUCUUAGCCAUCUCUGAGGUGGAUGAUAAUCAAGUGGGUAAAUUUAGUUUUUAUACAAAGGAAGCCAUCCUCAGGCUCUUGCUCCAUUCAGGAGUGGAAAACAUGCAAGUGGCCCUUGCAUGGCAAGCUGCUCAGAAAAAUGCUUUGAUGGUGGCUAUCCAGCAGGCGUCCUUCUAUCACGUCCCCCGCAGGGACUGUCCGGCCGGAGUCAAGGAAAUAGGUUCCGAUCUGAGACAUCAUGGUGGGAUGGCUCCAACCAGAAGAAGAUACUCCAGAAUUGUGAAUGGUACAGAGAGUUUGCCCUUAACCACAACGCCCAAAGUCCCAGGCUCCUUUGUGCAUCCUCCAGAAAGACUCCAGACUAUCAAAAGGGCUCCGGAGGCAUUCGUGUCCAUUCAGCUAGAAAAGGUGGGGCUGCGGGACAUGAUGCUGAACGACUUUCUCCUCAGGAAGCAAACCAUGGCCGACAGGAUGCAGCACCCCGUGAGUGUGCCGCCAGGAGAGCCCCCCAAAGCUCUCGUCUCUUCCAUGUCUGAAAGUACAGACAUUCUUGACUUGCAAUUUGUUGCUUUUAGUCUAUUUAGAUAG